AUGGUCUUGAAAAGUUUGGAUGACAUGGAUGUUGAAGACGUCGCAAUUGAUCUCUUAACAAGAAGUGGCAAUGCAGAUGAGUUUUGUGAGGCAAGUACGAGUGGCAACGAUGCUCGCACUUUGGAUCAGUUCACAACAUUUGGCGAGCCCAAAAACGGGAUGGAAUUUGAAACGAAGGAGGCUGCUUACUUUUUCUACAGAGAAUACGCUCGAGCAGUUGGAUUUGGCAUCACUAUAAAAGCUAGCCGUCGCUCGAAAAGAUCAGGAAAGUUCAUCGAUGUCAAGAUAGCCUGUUCAAGAUUUGGAACCAAGCGCGAGUCGUCAAGCGCAGCUCUAAACCCGAGGUCAUGUACGAAAACGGAUUGCAAAGCUGGCUUGCAUAUGAAGAGGAAAGAAGACGAGAAGUGGGUUAUAUACAGUUUCGUUAAAGAACAUAACCAUGAGAUCUGUGCAGAUGAUUUUUAUGUUAGCAUAAGGGGGAAGAACAAGGCUCCUGCUGGUUCGAUGCCACGUCAAAAGAAAGGUCUUGGAUUGGCUUUAGAGGAGGAAGACGUGAAGCUAAUGCUCGAGCAUUUUAUGGAAAUGCAAGAGAAGCAGCCUGGUUUUUUCUACGCGGUGGAUUUGGAUUGUGAGAAACGUGUUAGAAAUGUGUUUUGGCUUGAUGCGAAGGCCAAGCAUGACUAUGGAAGUUUUUCUGAUGUUGUUCUCUUCGACACGUUUUAUGUUAAGAACAGGUACAGAAUCCCUUUUGUUCCUUUUGUUGGGGUGAAUCGUCAUUGUCAGUACGUGUUGCUUGGAUGUGCGUUGAUUGGAGAAGAGAGUGAGUCAACUUAUUCGUGGCUGUUUCGGACGUGGCUUAGAGCAGUCGGUGGUCAAGCUCCUGGAGUGGUGAUAACAGAUGAGGGUAAGCUUUUAAGUGAUGUUGUUGCUGAAGUCUUUCCAAGUGCUCGUCAUUGUUUCUGUUUGUGGAAUGUGAUGAGUAAAGUUCCUGAGAUGGUGAAUCCUUUUGUGAGUCAAGAUGAUGGUUUUAUGGAAAGUUUCAGAAACUGCGUGAUUAGCUCUUGGACAGAUGAACAGUUUGAAAGUAGGUGGUCAGAGAUGGUUAGUAAAUUUGAACUUAACGAGGAUGAGUGGGUUCACUCGUUGUUUAGUGAUCGGAAAAAGUGGGUGCCACAUUAUUUUCACGGAAUUAGUUUAGCUGGAAUGUCUGGAGCUGAAAGAUCUGGAAGUAUCGUCUCUCAGUUCGACAAGUAUAUGAACUCAGAGGCUACGUUCAAGGACUUCUUUGAACUUUACUUGAAGUUUCUGCAGUAUCGAUGUGAUUUGGAAGCAAAAGAUGAUCUUGAAUCUCAGAGCAAACAGCCUACUUUGAGGUCUUCUUUGUCUUUCGAGAAACAACUUUCCUUGAUCUACACAGACGCUGCGUUUAAGAAGUUCCAAGCUGAAGUACUGGGAGUUGUUUCUUGUCAACUUCAAAAAGAAAGAGAAGAUGGGACGACAGCAAUAUUCUGCGUUGAAGAUUUCGAGAAACGCCAAAAUUUCUUCGUGGCUCUGAACAAAGAGUUGUUGGAUAUGUGUUGCUCUUGUCAUUUAUUCGAGUACCAGGGAUUCCUCUGCAAACAUGCAAUACUCGUACUUCAAAACUCUGAUGUUUCAUGCAUUCCAUCUCAGUAUAUAUUGAAGCGCUGGUCAAAGAACGGUAACGACAGAGAAGAAAAACAAGAAAAAUGUGCCUCUGUACAUAACCGGAUGGCACGUUUUGAUGAUCUCUGUAGGCGCUUUGUCAAGCUUGGAGAAGUUUCAUCUUUAUCAGAUGAAACCUACAAGACCGCUUUAAAGUUGAUGGAGGAAACCUUGAAGAACUGUGUUAGUUUGAAUAGUUCUCCCAAGUUUCCUUCAGAGCCAGACAAGUUGAUGAAAAGUGGAUCUAUUGGCUUAGAAAAUGAUGGUAUGUUGGACCACGCAUCAAAACUGUUCAAGAAGAAGAAAAUUCAGAAGAAAAGAAAGGCAUACGGUAGGCAAGAGGAUGCAACAAACAGGUCAGAAGAACGCCGUCAAGAAACCGAACAAGUUAGCUCUGGAGCUCCUACCUAUGAGAACUGUUACAUUCCUCAAGCAGAUAUGGAAGCAACCGAAUUAGGCUCUCGUGCAGCAACUCUUGGGAUCUAUUAUUCGACUCAACAGACUAUUCAAGGAUUCUCAUCGGUUUCUUCCGUCCAGGAUGGUUACUACGGACAUCCACCAACCAUACAAGCAAUGGGUAACUUGCAUUCAAUUCAUGGACGGAUGAGUCAGUAUGAGACACAACAAAGCAUCCAAGGAGCUUUUCAGGAACAGACGGGUUUCAGGGGAAGCGCGAUCCGUGGUUGCUAUGACACACAAGAAACUCUGCACGACAUGUAG